AUGGAGACGAGGAUAGUCAGAGUCCCCAGCAAGGGAUCCCUGGGCCAUUUUCGACCUGGCCGUGGUCUUGCUAAGCUGGACACUUGGGAGAUUGACCGUGAGAACAAAGAGGCCCUCAGGGCACUGGAAGAUGCGGCACACGAGCUACGAACUACGGAUACGCCUGUUGCAUUUCCUACCGAGACUGUUUAUGGCCUCGGCGCAGAUGCUACUCGAACACCUUCAGUAAAGGGAAUUUACUCUGCAAAAGGAAGACCUUCGGACAACCCUCUCAUCUCACAUGUCUGUGACCUGGACAUGUUGCGACAGUACAUUGGUCACACAGACGAAACCCAAGAUCCCAUACCAGAGCGUUACAGGGCUUUAAUAGAGAGAUUCUGGCCCGGACCUUUGACCAUUCUACUUCCCAAUCCCGUUCCGUCAAAGCUGGCGCCCGAAGUGACUGCAGGGCUAAAGACGUUUGGCGUACGAAUGCCUUCUUCGCCCCUUGCUCUCUCCCUUAUCAAGCUUGCUGGUGUACCCCUGGCAGCGCCCUCUGCCAAUGCUUCCACCAAGCCUUCACCCACGGCUGCUCAGCACGUGAAGGACGACCUCGACGGAAAAAUCGAACUCAUUUUGGAUGGAGGACACUGCCAAGUCGGUGUUGAAAGUACUGUAGUGGACGGAUUAUGCGAUCCUCCCGUUGUCCUCCGUCCUGGUGGCAUUGGAAUGGACGAGCUACGAACCUGCCCCGGCUGGGAAAACGCAACGAUAGCUUACAAAGACAAGAGUGAAGAAGGAAAGGCAGCGCCGCGAGCACCGGGAAUGAAGUACAAGCAUUACAGUCCUAAGGCUACAGUAGUGCUCUAUGAGUCGAGUUUCAACAAAGGGGGUGAUGGAAUCGCACUGUCUGACUUUGAGGUGGCUAAUGAGACAGUCAAUGGCCAUGCUACAAACGGCGAUCGAAAGAGAAGAAAAAUCGGCGUUAUUCGCACUCAGCGAUGGAAAUCAGGGGCUGGACUCCGAUGCGCCAACUUUCACCAUCUUACCGAUGUGAAGGCCACCGACGAACCGGAUGAUUCGCCAUUCGAAGUAUACGAAGGCGAUCUAUUGGACGACAAGGAGCAAAUUAUAGGAACAAUCCUGGAUAUCGACUUGGGCCAAGGCACUGAGGGGAUCGCGCGAGGUCUCUUUGCAGCGCUAAGGGAUUUUGAUCGAAGAGGCGCAGACACCAUUUUUGUGGAUGGUAUAGAGGAUAAAAGUGACAUCGCAGCGGCGGUCAUGAAUCGGCUCCGCAAAGCGGCGUCGGAGACUAGAGCAUGA